GUCAAACCCCGCCGCUGGGCUGAGUCCUCAGCCCGGCUGCUGGGCACAGUCAGCGGUGGUUAAUGAUUGAUUGCUGACCCGCCGAAGAGGGUGCUCCUGGAGGGUGGACUGGUACCGGCAAGUGCCAAGCAGCAGAGAGGGGCGCGCAGUGCUAGAGGGCAGAGCGCUCCCGGGGUACGUAGGAGAACGGCCGGCACACGGGGCCUGCGGGGCGCAUUCCCUGCCAGGAGAUUAGAACCUCCUUCCUCUGCGCUCUCCCCGCCUCGCUCUGACACACACGCCCCCAAACUCCACCUCCAAGCGCCUCCCGGGCCUCUGCGAGGUUGGACCGCUCCAGGAAGUUUCUAUGAAAGCACCCGAAAAACUAAGUUGCCUUUUCCAGGUGAGCCCGAGUGAAAGCCCUUCUGCGUCCGUCGCAGCCAGGAACUAUUAGAGGAGCAAAGCUGAGGUGUCGUGGCUUUCUUCCUGAUGGCUUCACCCAGAGGCUCCAGCAGUGACUGCGCCAAUGUUAUUGAUCAUAGCCAUAUCCCCGAAUUCGAGGUAGCCACCUGGAUCAAAAUCACUCUCAUCCUGGUGAACCUCAUCAUCUUCGUGGUGGGCAUCCUGGGGAACAGUGUCACCAUUCGUGUCACCCAGGUGCUGCAAAAGAAAGGCUACUUGCAGAAGGAGGUGACGGAUCACAUGGUGAGUCUGGCUUGCUCGGACAUCUUGGUCUUCCUCAUUGGCAUGCCCGUGGAGUUCUACAGCAUCAUCUGGAACCCCGUGACGACACCCAGCUACACCCUGUCCUGUAAGCUUCACAAUUUUCUCUUCGAGACCUGCAGCUAUGCCACGCUGCUGCACGUGCUGACGCUCAGUUUCGAGCGCUAUAUUGCUAUCUGCCACCCCUUCCGGUAUAAAGCUGUGUCCGGGCCCUGCCAGGUGAAGCUGCUGAUUGGCUUCGUCUGGAUCACUUCUACCCUGGUGGCAUUGCCUUUCCUUUUUGCCAUGGGAGUUGAGUACCCCCUGGUGCACGUGCGCAGCCACCGGGGUCUCUCUUGCAACCGCACGCUCACCCGCCACCAGGAGCAACCCGAGACCUCCAAUAUGUCCAUCUGUACCAGUCUCUCGAGCCGCUGGACCGUGUUCCAGACCAGCAUCUUCGGCGCCUUCGUGGUGUACCUCGUGGUUCUGGUCGCCGUAGCCUUCAUGUGCUGGAAUAUGAUGCAGGUGCUCAGGAAGAGCAAAGAGGCCUCGCUGGCCGGGCAAGGGCAGCAGGAGCAGCUGAGGAAAUCGGAGAGCCAGGAGAGCAGGGCGGCCAGGAGGCAGACUAUCCUCUUCCUGAUUCAGCUUGGACCUGUGAAAGUUCUAUCAGCCAGCACUGAAGGCCAGCUUUGGGGAACAAGGCUGAUUGUUGUGACGCUGGCCGUCUGCUGGAUGCCUAACCAGGUUCGGAGGAUCAUGGCUGCAGCCAGACCCAAGUACGACUGGACGAGGUCCUACUUCCGGGCGUACAUGAUCCUCCUCCCCUUCUCGGACACAUUCUUCUACCUGAGCUCGGUCAUCAACCCGCUCCUGUACAACGUGUCCUCGCGGCAGUUCCGCAGGGUGUUCUGGCAGGUGCUGCGCUGCCACCUGACGCUGCAGCACGCCAACCACGAGAAGCGUCUGCGCACCUUUGUCUCUUCCACCACGGACAGCUCCCGCUCCGCACGCCGCCCACUGAUUUUCAUUGCUUCCGGGCGCAAUUCCUCUACAAGGAGACCUAACAAGGUUUUCUUAAGCACUUUCCAGAGCGAGGCCGAGGCUGAGCCCCAGCAAUUGAGUCUCGAGUCAUCAGGGCCCAAGUGGGAGACAAAACCAGACAACUCUGCUGCAGAGAAUGGUUUUCAGGAACAUGAAGUGUGAAAGUCAAGUACGAAAGCCCUCCUCCAACAAAAGCGACAUUCCCCUCACAAAGCAGUGGCAAAAUAGCCAGUGCCCCCAUCAGGGACAGGAGUAGAAUCUAGGGGCCCUGGAAAAGGCAGAUGCCCACUGAAUUGUCUCCGAAGGGCUGAUUCUGCAAGCCGGGCCUUCACUCUGGUUACAGAAGGGAGUGGGGCUUUCAAGCCACCCUCUCCUUUCCUUUAAGUACACAUUGAAAAUUCAGACUGAAUUUAGAGCUUACAAAAAUGUUUUACAUGGAACUCUUUCAUUAUUUGCAAAGGAACUAAAAGAGAAUGCAGAAUCCCUACCCAGAAUCUAAGGACACCCAGAAGAACCUUGUGAAGCAGGGAAAGCGAGGGCCAGAAGGACAUUGCAGGAUGGGCUAGCAUCUCCAGCUUCAGCAGUGUCCCGCGAAGAGGGCUAACUUGAGGAGCAGGAUGGUGGUGGGGAGCCCUGGCUGAAGGGCCGAGGCAGAGCUGCUCCUUUUCUUGGGCCGGGGUCCAUUGCACAGAGGGGUGUUGCAGCAGCUGAUGCACACCGAGUUCAGUUUCCCUGGGGAGCAGAAGGACUGAUACCCAGCCGAGGCAAUGAGGCAGGCCGCUGAUGAUGCACACGACUUGCGGUACAUGAUCCCUGCAACACAGACCCACAGGAGCUGGGUUAACCUGCACUGGCCAACAGACAAAGUCCCUCUGAGCCCAGAUCCCAGUGUGUCCUUCCCCUUCUCACAGCCCUGAGACUCGGUGGGCCAGGGAGGUGCUUCUGGUUGUUUCACUGAGCUCCACAAAACACAAGAGAUAAGUGGUAAAGGAGGCAGUCAUCAUUUCACUACUUUUGACAGAAUUGUUCCAAAAGCUAUUUGAGAUGCAAUGCCAGUGAAUAAAGAGUUGUCGAAACUAAAGUUCACUUUUUAAAAAGUGUACUAGAUAAA